AUGGAGAAAUAUAUCAAUUUUGGAGACGAAGGGGAGACUUUGAAACUGGACCUCCAACUCAACGUCGACAACUUUGACCAAUUCUGGUUACCACUGGAUCUCAAUGCUAGCAACAAAAAUACCACCACCAAUGCACCCCAAGUCAACAACAGCAACCACAACAGAACUGAGGACCUCGACUACUUAAUCAAUGAAACACUCACUGGACUACAGGAUCUAGAUGUGCCAAGUGGGUUUGCCAUGGCCAAUAAUGGAGGCUUCCCCGCAGCCUCAUACAGUCAACAUACAAGGCACAAGUCAAAGACACACAGUAGACAAAUGAGUGGAACGGCGAUUUUUGGAUUCAUUGACCAUACUCGAGAUUGGUCCAUUGGUGGAACUUUGCAACCUAAUGAUUUUUACAAGCCUAAUCACCAAUUGUUUGGGAAGUCCAUUGACUGGAGAAACAUCAACCCAAAUGACUUGUUGAAUGCAGGCACAUUAGAUAAUUCAGCUCAGAAUCAGGAAAGAGAAUCGGCGGUGAAGGAGUCUAAUCAAGCUAAAUCACAGAAGGUUAAUAAACCAGUUAAGAAAGACACACCAAGCCAAGAUAUAUUAAAUCUCAAUUUCGAAAAGGAACCGACAUUCUUAGUAGACAAGUAUGGCAACGAUGAGGGUGAAGAAAACAAUUUCACUGCCAACAGAUUGGCACAACUGUCUCCAAUUAAGCAAAUUUCAACGCCAACUAGUUCACAGCCGCAUAGUCAAAAUCACAAUCAAAUUAGCGUUACUCAACCACAAACUGUAAAGCAGAAUGAUUACGUUGUAACUAAUCAAAGUCCCAAGUCUUACAAGUUCCCACCACCGGCAGCACCGCGGUUCAAGAAUAGUAAACCCCAAGAAGAGAUGUCCCCUUCACCUCUACAAAGCAGAUCAAACAGGUACGAGUAUCGUGAAGGUGAAACAAAUAGAAUUGUGAAUUCAUAUUCUGCGAAAUAUUUACAAUCAUUGCAAUUUACACAACAACAACAACAACAACAACUGAAAAAUAGUUUAAUGAGCGAUGCUAUUUUGCAACCGAAACUACCAUUCGAAUAUGUUGACGAUUUCGAACCAUUGCUAGGAGAGGCAAACUUAUUGAAGAACACCGAUGAAGAGCAAAUGGCUUCUGAAAUGCAAUAUGUUCCUCUACCGGUACAAGAACCCGGUUAUUUAGCAAGAGCAACUGGUAAAGAUGCCCCUUCUUUCCAACAAAAGCAAGAGCAAUUGGCGUCACCAGCAAUGACGCAAGCUACAAUGAGUUCAAAGCCACAACUGUCAUGCUCAACAGAGCCAUUAGUAGAGCCACAAGGAGGCAGCAAUGAAUUUGCCAACAACUUUCUUUUCAACACCUUUUUACCACCACCUUCACCACCCACACUUUCCAAUUCACACGACUCUCCCAAUUGGCAAUCAUCUCCAGAACCACAAUCGCCAUCCCCUGGCAGGACACCUGGACUGUUUUUGCAUAAGCAACAACAACAACAACAACAAGAUGUUUCGCCAUUGCAUCCUAGUCUAAAAGGUUCCAAUGUUAAUUUCUAUACCCCAAUGUACUACAAUCGAGAUCAACAACAGCAGCAACAACUUUCGGACGCAUUUCAAUCCUCCCCAUUGCACCAUAUCCAAGAAGAAGAUGAUGAUGGCGAGACACAGCAGAAGUCUACUCUUGAUAAGAUUGAGUUUCGACAACAGCAUUUGCAUCAGUUGACUCAGCGAUACAAUCCGUCAAGUCAAUUUCUUGUGAGUAAAGGAAGUUCUCGACAACAUGCCACCAAUUCAUCCCCCUACAAAGCCAUUAGCAACAACAAGAGCGCCAACUACUUAAAUUCAUCGCCAUUCUCAACCAUAAAUUCAUCACCAAUAAGAUACUACACAUCUCCCGAUAAAUUAACAACUAAAAUAAUCCCAUCACAGUCACCAUCAGUAGUACCACAACAAGACACUGCAAGUCCAGAUCCCAACGCAACCAUCACCCAAAUAACCCCCUUGCGCAACACCACCUACCUAUCCACUCCAGUCAAAUCCAACACCCAUAACCUCCUCCAUCAACUCCAAAAUUCAACUCAACACACGCAACAUCAACACCAACAGCCACCGCCACCGCCACAUUUAGAAUGGAGCCCACUCAUCAGUCCCAACCUGAAAAUCCCCCUCAAGAAACAACUCAAGGACACGUCACCACGUAACCGCAUCAAGAAAACCACAUUGUUACCACCUGGCGAAAUCGACAAUUAUUGGGUCGGACCCAACAAGGACAAAAACUUUAUCUGCACAUACAAAAACUGUGGCAAAGUUUUCACACGCAGGUACAAUGUCCGAUCACACGUUCAAACGCAUCUAAGUGACAGGCCAUUCGGUUGUGAAUUUUGCGGUAAGCGGUUCGUGCGCCAACACGACUUGAACCGUCAUUUAAAAGGUCAUGGUCAGUCGAAAAUGUACAAGUGUCCAUGUGGGAAGGAUUUUACAAGGGAAGAUGCAAUGAAGAAACAUCAGGAGAGGAAUAUCUGUGUUGGUGGUGUGAAUGGCAUGGUCAAUAAACCGUCAGUUAAGAGACGCGUUGGUGGCAAUGGUGGCCAUAUCGACGUUGCUGAUCUAAGUGAUGAUCGGGUGUCGAGGAGGUUAUUUGCUGAUAUCAUUAAUGAGAAGAAUAUGGCUAGGAAGUAG